GUCAUGUUUUUAGGUUAUAAAAUAUAAAAACAUUCGCUAACCUCGUUGUUUAUAAUAUAUUUUGAUUGGUAAUAAGUAAAUAACGAAACAUACAAAAUGGUAAAAAAGAAAAUAGAUAACCGAAUUAGAGUUAUGAUCGAGAAUGGAGUUAAACUUGGCCAUCGUACUAUGUUUCUACUCGUUGGCGAUAAAAGUCGAGAUCAAGUACCAAUUUUAUAUGAUAUGCUGGUGAAAUCCACUGUAAAAGCUAGGCCAACAGUUCUUUGGUGCUAUAAAAAUAAGGAUGAGGCUAUAAGCAAUCAUGGCCGUAAAAGGGCAAAGAAAAUUGCAGCUGGUAAACUAGAAGUAUCGGAAGAAUCACUGUUUGAUGCAUUCAGAGUGGCAACCACAAUACAUGGAAGAUAUUACUCCGAGAGUCAUGCAAUGCUUGGUCAGACUUAUGGUGUUUGUGUUUUGCAAGACUUUGAAGCUUUAACACCCAAUUUGAUGGCGCGCACAAUCGAAACUGUAGAAGGUGGGGGUCUGAUCAUCUUUUUAUUGAAGACCAUGGACUCUUUGCGGCAACUUCAUUCAAUCACCAUGGAUGUUCAUGCUCGUUUUAAAACAGAGGCCCAUGACACGGUAGUGAACCGUUUCAACGAGAGGUUCCUGCUGUCGUUAGCUGACCACCCUCGAUGUCUGAUCCUGGAUGAUUCACUCACAGUCCUGCCAAUAUCAUCAAAGACUGCUCAAGUGGAACCAGUAGAUGUUACACCAGAGAGAGUAAACCCUAAACUGACGGAACUAGUGUCGUCUCUCUCUGACUCUCCGCCUGCCGGCCCGCUAUUGGCUCUCUGUCGCACGUAUGACCAAGCUACAGCAUUAAUAGCUCUCAUCAACACCCUCGCAGACAAGGAGAGCAGGCCUCCACACUGCCUCACAGCGGCCCGUGGUCGUGGCAAGUCGGCCUGUCUCGGCCUGGCUGUAGCCGCCUCAAUCGCCCUCGGCUACGUCAAUAUCUACAUCACAUCUCCACAUCCUGAAAACUUGAUCACACUCUUCGAGUUCAUACUAAAAGGUCUAGAUGCAUGUCUGUACCAGGAGCAUAUAGACUACAGCAUUGUGAGGUCAACUAACCCGGACUUUAAGAAGGCAAUCGUGAGGAUUAAUAUAUCUAGGAAUUCGAGGCAGACUGUACAGUACAUGACACCGGAUGACCAUUCGCUGCUGGCGGCGGCGGACCUGGUGGUGGUGGAUGAAGCGGCAGCCAUUCCCCUGGCGCAGGUGGCAGCAGUUGCCGCUCGCGCUCCGCUGUCGCUGCUGUCUUCCACCGUCUCUGGGUACGAGGGCACGGGCCGGGCACUCUCGCUGAAACUCUUCGCGCAACUCCAGACCAAGCACAACGCACCUGCGCCGAUAAAACUAGAAGAGCCAAUCCGGUAUCGAACCGGCGAUCCAGUAGAAGCAUGGCUGGGUUCCCUGCUGUGUCUAGAGGCGCCAGCCCCGUCCGUGGGCGUGGGUGCUCCGCCCCCGGCCGCCUGUGAACUGUUCCGUGUAAACCGGGAUGCACUGUUCUGCUACCAUCGUGCUGCUGAAGCCUUCCUGCACCGUCUCGUCUCCAUCUACGUCGCCAGCCAUUACAAAAACAGUCCGAACGAUCUGCAACUACUCGCGGAUGCGCCGGCGCAUUGUCUGUUCGUGUUGCUGGCGCCCACUCCACCAGCCUCCACUGCCAUGCCCGAGCUGCUCUGUGUAGUGCAAAUGUGCCUCGAGGGAAACAUCUCUGAUAAAUCUGUGCGUGACAACUUAGGUAGAGGACGGAAAGCCGCCGGUGACUUGAUCCCAUGGAAUAUAUGUGAGCAGUUCGGUGAUAGAGAUUUCCCGAAGCUGUCAGGAGCCAGGAUAGUCAGGAUAGCGACUCAUCCAUCCUAUCAGCGGAUGGGUUACGGCAAGCGCGCGUUACAACAACUAACCGCAUACUACAGCGGACAGAUACCGUGCCUGGACGAAGCGGAAUCGGAUGGAGAGGAUACGAUCAACGGGAAAUCUGAAACGUUGCACACAGAAACAAUAGUCCCUAGAGCGAAACCACCAACCCUGUUAAGGCGAUUGACAGAAGUGCGAGCUGAACAUUUGGACUACAUAGGCACCAGUUUUGGAUUAACGGAAGAUUUACUCAAGUUUUGGAAAUCUCAGAAAUACAUACCAGUUUAUAUAAGCCAAAAAACGAACGAGCUAACAGGCGAGCACUCCUGCAUACUGUUGCUGUCGUUACGAGCGGAAGCGGAAGCGGGGGCGGGUAGCGGGUGGCUGUCUGCGUACAGUGCUGACUAUCGGCGGCGACUGGCGCGACUACUGGCCCGCUCGCUCCGUCGCUUACCCGCAGCUCUUGCACUCAGAGCACUCGGGAAUCACCCAUCUAAUGGACCAGCUCUAACGAAGCAACUGAUAGGGCAGCACUUAUCAGGUCAUGACCUGUCCCGGCUGGAGGCGUACAGUCGUCAGCAGGCGGAUUACAGACUAGUCACAGAUCUACUACAGCCUCUCGCCACUCUCGUAUUCCACACUAAGGCACCGUUCAAACUUGACGCUGUGCAACAGGUUAUAUUUGUAGCAAUGGGAUUCCAAAUGAAAGAUGUGGACGAUAUAGCAAGCGAGUUGAGUUUACCAGGCUCCCAAAUCCUGGCGAAGUUCUACGAAUCUUGCAAGAAGAUAAACAAUGUCAUUAACGCCGUGCUAGAAGAUACCGUAGCUAAAGAAAUAGGCAUAGAAGAUAAGAGCGCGGAUGGGGUUACAGCUGAAGGUCCAGUAAAGCAAAGUCUUCAAGAGGAAUUGUCCAAAGCAGCCAAGGAAUUGGAGCGUAAACAGCGCAAGGAAUUGUCAAAGCUGAUGGGUGAAGAUCUAGCGCAGUACCGAAUUAAAGGCAGUGAUAUGGACUGGGGUCAGGCUCUCGCCGGCUCCAACAAGAAGAGUCUCGUCUCAGUCAAAAGUGGUGAGAAGCGGCUAGGCGAUGAUAGCAAGGAGAUAGAUGACCUAAUAGAAGCUCACUCGAACAAGACCAAAAAGAAAAAGAAACAUAACAGGAAUUUAUGA